AUGGACAAAGAAGAUAAUGCAAAUCUUGAUGUAGAAUAUAACCGGUAUUUGCAAAUUUUACAACCGUACAUAGAACAAUUACUGGAUCUUGAAGACAUAGAAUUAUGUAACGCUUGGAUCCGAAGACUAUCAGACUACAAAGAAGAUGAAAAAACUCUUCGAAACAAAUACCUAUUUGCACUCUGCUGCCAAUUGGCAAAAGGUAUUCUAAAGCAUCCAUUCUGUAGUUUUCCUCCACCCAACGAACUACCUAUACUAGAAGAAGCUAGCGAUGAUUCUCUUUCAGAAGGAGGUAGUAACUUUACAUUGGGAAUUCAAAAUAGCAACGGAGAGUUUUUAAUUGGUUCAACAACUUUAUCAAAAACUAUAUUGCAACCAAAAGACAGUGAUCUUACCACAGGUUCGCAUUCAAUUCAAAAACAUGUAGAUAAUAUUGAUAAAGAAGAAGAUGAAAUGAAAACCUUUACAAACAAUUUAGUUGGUUCUUCGAACUCCACUGUUGCUAAUGUAUGCUAUCCAGAAAUAUUAAAAGACCUAUCAAAAUUUGUUAAUUCUGAGGAUAAUGUAUAUUUGAGAGUUAAUAACCUCAUAGACAAACUAAGGCAAAUUAAGAAACAAAACACAUUAUUGCUUAAUGAGUUGCAUGCAUUAAAAGAAGAAUCGAUAUCGAGACAAAAUAUUCUUCAAAUCCACUGCGCCACUAAUACUAGCAUCAGUAUUAAAGCCAAUGACAGUACAGAAAUUGACUCAAUCGGCAAUUUGGAUACAUACGACGUUGAGUGCCAAAACGACUUAGGCAAAAUAUGUCAUCAACAAUCAUUAGAAAUUGAAGAGUUAAAAAAACAGCAUGAAUUCGAAUUAAAUAACGUAAAAACUGCUGCUCAGCGAGAGGUACAAGAUAUUUAUGAAAAAAAUAUACAAACUAUAAAACAAGAAUACGAAAUAAAAAUAAAGGAAAUGAAAACAAAACAUGAAAAUGAAAUUAAUAAGUUGAGAGCUUCGCUUAUUGAUGUUAACUUUGAAAAAGAAAACAUUAUAGCCAUGAAAAAUCAUGAAUUAAUAAAUUUACGCGCAGAACUCGAAGAAACAAAAGCUAACAACUCCGUAUUGAGGAGCGGCUUUGUGAAGGCGUGCAAUGACUUUAAUUCUGAAACAGUUAAGGAAAGAGCGUUAGAGUUUGAGAAAAGACUAUACAAAAUAGAAAAAUCAAAAAAUAAACAUGUCAAAGCGUAUCAAAUGCAACUGGCGAGUCUGCAACGUGAUAAAUGUUUACUCGAUAGUUCGCUACAUCUUCAACUUCUCAAGCAACGGACUGAAUUGCUUACAGAGUUUACAGAAGAAAAUCAAAAAGAAAUGUUAACUACUGUGGAAAAGUUGGAAGGAAAGUAUAAAGAAAUGGUAGCGAAUGUCCAAGCAUCUGCUAUACAAAGAAGAAUUCAGGAUCAAAUAGCUCUGGAAACAGUAGUACACGCAGUUUGUGGCGGUGGAUUUAAGAGCGGUCACUCGACAUUCAAACCUACCAAUAACAAUGUUCUGAAAUCUAAGUUAAUACGAAACCAACAAAUUAACAACGAGGAUCUAUUGGCAUCGCUUCAACUCAGUAGUGUGAACAAGAACUCAAAAGAUAAAGAGAUUUCUAAACGCGAAGAUGACUUGAUGACAGGCUUUUGUUUGGAUGAAGGCAAAUUGGAAGAGUUAUAUGAAAGGGUUCAUAUACCCCAAAGAGAUACGUGUAACAAUUAA